CGGAUAAGAUAAAUAAGUGCGCGUACAACGCAAAAGACAGUUCGCCAAGAAUCAGCGGUGGAAUUGAAUUUUCGAUCCUGCAUCAUUUUAUCGAACGAGACACUAUCAUUUCUUCUUUUUUCUUUCUUUCUUUUCUUGUCGAACUUCGAUAUUUGGACUGUUUACGUAUGGAAAUAAUCAUGAAGUAUAUCGUUGUAUUUGCGCAAGUGUUGUCCUUGGUUUACUUGGUCGCCUUGGCCUUUCCGCAAAACAGCUUGUCCAAUAACUUCGAUAACCCGACAACUAGUACCACACAAAGAACAACAACCGCAUGUCCUUGUGUAGCGACUGCAGAAUACAAUCCAGUAUGUGGUACUGAUAACGUUACUUAUUGGAACAUGGGAAGAUUUAACUGCGCGAAAAAUUGUAAUCCAAACCUCGAAGUAAGACUAAUUAGAGCCUGCGAACCAUAUAGCCAACUGAGCAGUAAUUGAGAAAUAUUAUAACAUAUAAUUAAAGAUCCAUGAUAUCCUGAUAAUAACAGCAAUAUAGAACAUACUUUUGAAGAUAUUGUAAACAUUUUUUUAUUAGAGGAACAUUCAACAAUGUUUAAUAAUAAAAAAGUACUUGAUUCUUA